UCAGCGACGAUCAACAACACCCACUUAUCGAAGAUUUUUACCGAUUUUCUUGAAGAAAAUCCUUAUCAGCAGGUUUUGUUUAUUUAAGUCGACGUUGCAGGCCCAGAUGACGAACCAGGCGUCCCCGGUUGAGGAGCAGGAGAAGCUUCUAGAUGAAGCUCUCAAUGUUGUCAAAGUACAGGCAUUUCAAAUGAAGAGAUGUCUGGACAAGUCGAAGCUGAUGGAUGCCCUGAAGCACGCUUCCACCAUGCUGGGAGAGCUCCGGACCUCACUUCUCUCACCCAAGAGCUACUAUGAACUAUACAUGGCAAUAACUGAUGAGCUACGUCAUUUAGAGUUGUACCUUCUGGAAGAGUUCCAGAAAGGACGCAAGGUGGCAGACUUGUAUGAACUCGUACAGUACGCUGGCAACAUCGUGCCUCGUUUAUACUUGCUUAUCACGGUUGGGUUGGUGUAUAUCAAGACUAAUACUAAUCUCCGGAGGGAUUUGUUAAAGGAUCUAGUCGAGAUGUGCCGUGGUGUGCAGCACCCUCUGCGCGGAUUGUUCCUCAGAAACUACCUCCUCCAGUGUACCAGGAAUGUACUGCCUGAUACUUCCGAGGCUCAUAACGAGAAUGAAGGGACUGUAAAAGAUGCCAUCGACUUUGUCCUGAUGAAUUUCGCUGAGAUGAACAAAUUGUGGGUCAGGAUGCAACACCAAGGGCACUCCAGGGACAAAGAGCGUCGAGAACGCGAGCGUUCAGAGCUGCGUAUCCUGGUGGGCACUAACUUGGUGCGCCUCUCCCAGCUGGAGUCAGUGACUGUGGAGGACUACAGACGCCUGGUUUUGCCCGGCAUACUGGAGCAGGUGGUCAGUUGCCGGGACGCUAUUGCGCAGGAGUAUCUCAUGGAGUGUAUUAUACAGGUGUUCCCAGAUGAGUUCCACCUGGCCAACCUGCAGCCGUUCCUGAAAUCCUGCGCCGAGCUGCAACCCGGGGUCAACAUCAAGAACAUCAUCAUAGCACUCAUUGAACGGCUUGCUGCUUAUAGUCAGAGGAACGAGGGCAACAUCAACCUGAGCGUGGUGCUGGAAGACGGCAAGGAGCAGGAGGUGCAGCUGUUUGAAGUAUUCUCAGACCAGGUCGCGGCUAUCACGCAGACCCGCACAGACAUGCCCCCUGAGGACAUGUUGAGCCUGCAACUGGCGCUGCUCAAGCUGGCUCAACGCUGUCACCCGGACAAACUCUCCUACGUCGACAGAGUCCUCGCUCACACGGACAAGAUCUGCGCGGACAUACACCAGAACAGCGGUAAAACCCACUUGGAGCACAACACGCCAGUCUUCAAGGAGCUGAUGAAGAUCCUGAAGCUCCCAGCGGACCACUACAAGAACAUUCUGACGCUGAUCAAGCUGCAGAACUACGCGCCCCUCAUUAAACACCUCAACCACCCAGGCCGAGUCAUGAUCGCUGUGCACCUGAUCAACGACGUGCUUGACAGCGAUACCCUGAUCUCUACACCUGAGGAUGUGGAGUCAGUGCUGUCAAUGUUGGACGUGUUGGUCAAAGACCAGCCUGACCAGGGAGCCAGCGAGCCCGACGUGGAAGACUUCAUGGAGGAACAGGGAUUACUCGCCAGGUUAAUCCACCACUUGAAGUCGGACGCGGCAGACCAGCAGUACUUGAUCCUGGUGGCGGCUCGCAAGGCGCUCCAGGGCGGCGGCGCCCGGCGCAUACAGCACACCUUCCCGCCCAUACUGUUCCACGCGUACAGGCUCGCCUUCCUCUACAAGGAUCUCAAGGACCAGGACGAAAUGUGGGAGAAGAAAUGCCAGAAGAUAUUCCAGUUCUGCCACCAGACCAUCAGCAUGCUCGUCAAAGCUGAACUUGCAGAGUUACCAUUAAGGUUAUACCUCCAAGGCGCUCUAGCAAUCGGGGAGAUCGGCUUCGCGAACCACGAGACGAUAGCGUACGAGUUUCUGUCGCAAGCGUUCUCGCUGUACGAAGACGAGAUCUCCGACAGCAAGGCGCAGCUGGCCGCCAUCACGCUGAUCAUCGCCACCUUCGAGCAGAUCAAUUGCUUCGGUGCAGAAAAUGCGGAGCCGAUGCGAACACAGUGCGCUCUGGCGGCGAGCAAACUUCUGAAGAAGCCAGAUCAAAGUCGCGCCGUGGCUCUCUGCGCACACCUCUUCUGGAAGGGCGCUAAGGAUGGACAACAGUGGCCUCUAAAUGAGGCGUCCCGUGCGCUAGACUGCCUGAAGAAGGCGGCCCGCGUGGCCCAGCAGUGCAUGGACGGCGGCGUGCAGGCGCAGCUGCUGGCCGAGCUGCUGGGCCGGUACGCGCUGCUGCGAGAGCGGGGCAACCACGCGCUCACCACCGCGCUCAUUGACGCCAUAAUACAGAAGAUCCGCGAGGAGCUCGCGAACCUCGACCAAUCAGAAGAAGUGGAACAGAUCACCAAACACUUCCACAACACCCUGCAGCACCUCAAGAACCGCAUGGAGUGCCCAGACCCCGACGGACUGGGGUACGAAGGCCUACAGCUCUCUUAGGGUUGGUAUUUGCAGGUUCGCACUGAUUGACAUUAUACUAGCUCUAUCUCCCUUACACUUACCGCAAGAGGUUGGCACUGUUUUUAAGGUUCGGACUGUUUUUAAGGUUGGCACUGUUUUUAACACUUUAACUGACACGGCUUUACAGUAUGACACUUGACAUCACGUCCACGGUUAAUGGCGUACUGUCCGUGAAGGUGUUAAGAGAAUUUUUGGGACAAUCGCCUUUAAUACCGGUCCAUCGUAAGUAUAUGGGGCCCUUUACAGUGUUUGAACUACAACAAAAUUAAGUUUGCCUUGGUCAGAAUUAGCAUAAGCGGGAUAAAACUAUUAGGGAUAUGGAAAUGGUCCAGAUUGUAUGGUUUAUGGUAAAAGUGAAGGUGAAGUAAUAAGCGAUGCUGUUAGAGGGAACAGGGAUUUUUGAAUGGCUCGCCUUCAAGUCACGUUCGAAAAUAUAUACCUAUUUCACCUAGCACAUCUGAAACAGUCAUUCGCAAGAUGAGACAGGUGUAUAUUUUCGCACGCGAGUUGAAAGCCUUCAUUUAAAUUAGCUUGUCUUAUUGCGAGGUUUUAUUAACAAAAAUCACAUCCGAGAAUUGUUUUUUUUUUUUCAAAACCGCGCAUACUUUUUUUUUAUUUACAAAGCGACGGAAUGGAACUUAGCUAAAAAUGACUUUCAGUUUUUAAUUAUUUUGGUGAGAUUUAAGCGAAUGAGGAACUGUCCAGGCUGCGUUACCCAAAAAAAAAAAAAAAUAUAGAGUUGCCUUCGUUUAACCUUCUAAACUUUCAAGGACAACAGACUUUUUUCUAACAAUUCUAUUCAUAUCAUAUCAUAAACUGCCUAUAUACGUCCCACUGCUGGGCACAGGCCUCCCCUCAAUCAACCGGAGGGGGUAUGGAGCAUACUCCACCACGCUGCUCCACUGCGGGUUGGUGGAGGUGUUUUUUACGGCUAAUAGCCGGGACCAACGGCUUAACGUGCCCUCCGAAGCACGGGAUCAUCUUACUUUUUCGAACAAUCAGGUGAUUCAAGCCUGAAAAGUCCUUACCAAACAAAGGACAGUCUCACAAAGUGAUUUCGACAAUGUCCCCAUCGGGAAUCGAACCCGGACCUCCAGAUCGUGAGCCUAACGCUCUAACCACUAGACCACGGAGGCUGUUCAAUAGGCUAGUUUCCAACUAGUCAAAUCAGUUACUUUUUACUAAACGUCAAAACACGAAAUUACUAUGGAAUUUGUAUGAAAAAGCACUCUGUGACGUCAUAGAAAAACGUGACAAAAUGUCGGACUUAUUAUUACGUUUUUCUUGAUUAAAAUUCAUAAAUAAGUUUAAUAGAAAAAAGAAAAUGUUUUUCGUUAGUUUUAGAUGUGUCUUUAUUUAGUAAUCAGAAUUUCAUAAUUUAUCUUGAACCUAGUACACGACCCAAUUCUAUUACGAGUAUAUAUUUGAAUAAUUAUGUACCCGAACAAUGAGAAAAUGUGUAAUUAUCACGUUAAAGUUAUACAGCGCCAUCUGUAUUCUAUUUGGGUAACGUGGGCUGGAAAGUCUCUUAAUGUUGCUAAAGUGGUUCAAGUUUAUUGGAAUGUAAUUUACUAAACAUUCCUAGUAUCACGAGAUAGUGAUGUAAAAAAUAAAUUAUUAUUUUAAUUAUUAUAUAUUAUUAUUAACAUAGUUCAUAAUGGUACUAAUUCCUGUAGACGCGGUACAAUUUUAUUUUAAAUUAUAUGUCAUCUUCUUAUUCGCCGAAAAGGAAAGGAAAAUAACAUUCCUGCUGAUUCCCGUAUAAUUUUAGAUUUUAGACAGAAAUCUAUUUUUACAUAGGCCGAUAACUCGACAGAAUUAAGUAUACAGCCCACGUCAAACGGGUUAUAUGCGAGCGAGAUACCUAUUUGAUUCGCCCGGGUAUUUCAUUCAUUCACUCAUUCUUUUUUUAAAUUUGCAGCUGUCAAUCAUCUGUUCGUUUCCUUUUCGGCGGAUACGAAAAUGACGUGUAUGAUUUACAAUUAGAUGUCUUCAGGAAUCAGGGCCAUUUCCGCAUGUAAAUAAUGUAAGAUCAAUUCAAUUGAUGUGUGUAUCGAUAACUUAGCUUUAAUAUACGAAUAAGUUGAUAAUUCAUAAUUAUAAAUAAUUAGUAGAAUUUUAUAGAAGCAAUAUAUUAUGUGUUAUUGUAAUA